GAGACUCACAACCCCUCAUAUUCUUCAAAAUUUCCUAAAACUCUCUCUCUCUCAUAGUCUUCAACAUGUACUGGUGAGAUUUUGGUAUGAAUGUGAGAUUUUGAUGCCUUGGGAUAAUAUGAAAACCACAAAAAGAAUCUUCCCCAUUUUUACAUUGUUUAUCAAAACCACACAAAACCCUUCUUUCUCUCGACUUCAUCCCAGCAUCGAAGAAGAGUUCAAGAUCUAUCUACUUAUCCGUCUGGUUACAUUAAAGAUCAUCCAGAUCCAAAAGUACUCUGAUUUUUGGUGGGUGGGAAAGAUGCUCCAGACCCAAAAAGAUGCUCUGAAUCCAAAAGAUCAUCCACAUCCAAAAGAUGAUCCGGAAAAACGCUACCAGAUCCAAAAAAAGCUCCAGAUCCGGUUGAAGAUGUUCGAUGUUGAAGAUGAUGUUUCAGAUGGCGGUUCGAUGUUGAAGAUGAUCCAAAAUAUUUUCGAGGUUGAACAUGAUGUUCCAGAUCUAAAAGAUCCUCUAUAUCCAUAAGUAUGUUUGUUCAGUUUUUUU